GACAUGGAUCUACAUCAGGCUCACGACAUUGGUGAGACCCUUCAGAAGAAGUUGGAGAGCAUGGAGAACGUGGAUCGGGCGUUUGUGCACCUGGACUACGAGUUUACGCACAAUCCCCUCUCAGAACACAAAGUCGCUUGA